AUGGCCAUGUUUGGCGGCAUGAAUGUCAAGGGUGCUGACGAAGAGGAUCGGCCCGACCUGGCCAACGCUGCUGCAAGUAGCACGGGCAGCAGCUUUGCCUUUAUCAACAGCGCCCCUGCGGCCGCCGCCGACGAGAGCGCCGCUCCGUCCAGCUCCGCUUUUAGCUUUAUCGGUGGAUCCGCAGCCUCUGACAAUGCCGAACCAGCUGUGGAGCGUAUCGCGCCGGCCGCCGCCACCCCUCUCAUCUCAGCCCCCACCACUAAGAAGAAAAAGAAGCGCAACCCCAAGAUGGUGCGCCCGGGACAUGGUCGCUUGGAGGAGGGCGAGGCGGAGCAGCACAGCCCCUCGCUUGAGCGGAAAACGGCCCCCUCUGCUAGCCCGAGCCCCGCAUCAACACCCGCCUCGGAUGUGCCCGCGUCUACCAGCAGACCACGCUCCCCCGCACAGCCCGCUCGUGCCACUGCUCCGCCUGCGCAAACCAACAAUGUGCCGGCCGAUCGAGGCGCCGAACCAAAGUCUGCACCAGCCCCACAACGCAAAGCUGAGCCCGCACCCCCUGCCACGGCUCAGACCGCAGGCCCAACGCCGGAGACCAUCGCACCCCCAAAAAAGAGCCUUCCACCUCGCAGCGCCAGUCCAACGGCCUCGCGCCUGCCACGCAAAGCUGAUCCCGAACCACGGCCAGCGCCAGGCGCGACACUGACCCCAGUCGACACGAAUCCCACGCCCGAGGCGGAUGACGCGGCGAGUGGUGACAAUAGCCGAGGCUUUCUUUCCCGCCUUUUUGGAGGUGGCAGCCGCAAAGCUGAUAAACAAAAGCCUCCGCCCUCAAACACCGAACCCCCUCGUACCUCGGUUCCCUCCAUUGCCCGCGAACCACAGGGCCCACGCGCUGCCCCUCCAGCCCGCAUGAGCCCGGGUGCCGCCCGUGGUCGUGCGCCUGGACAGCGCCCGAACCCCCGCCCUGCCAAUGCUGCAACACCGUCUGUCCCCACUUCCAAGGCCGCUGCACCCGCCGUGGCCAACCCAUCAGACACUCAUCCUGUCCCGAGCAACUCACCUGUUCCGGCCGACCCUGCGAAAUCCCAGCGCGCCAAAGAACAGAUGGCUACGGAUAAGCGCUCCCAGUCACCACCCUCACCCGUGAAACCCACUCCGACACCUGCAUCCACGCAAGCGGCCACCAAGGCGGCAGCACCCGAGCCGGCAGCACCCGAGCCGACGGAGGACGCGAGCACGGAGGACGUGAACAAGCAGGAGCCUGAAACUCGCGAGACUGACACUACUGAGACGACCGUCACCAACCGGGCCAUGGCCCUUUUGGAAGAGGCCAAGAACAAGGCCGCAACGGCCGAAACAAAGCUUGAGGAACUCCAUCAAGAGCGUGAAACGAUUCUGGCCCAUCAACUCUCCAUUUUUGAGGAGCAUAAGGACAAGGUGGCCGAAAUGCUGCGCCACGAAGAAGAGCUUGAAACAGCUAUUGAGGCAGAAGAUUAUGAGCGAGCAGAGGAGCUUGAAGCCCUCAUUGCCAGCUUGACUGAGAGCACAAGCACCCCUCCAUCCUUCACCAGCGCGCGCAAGUCAACGCGUGCUUCCUUGCUCCGUCUGCUGCAGCAAGAAGAACAAAUCCUGCUUGAUCAAGCAGCUACACAGCGUGAAUCUGCGCAGACUCUCGAGUCAUCCUUGCAGGAGCAAUUGGACGAGCUCAAGACGUUUCGCAGUGGUUUGGAGGAUGCCACGCGCAGCGAGCGCGCACGCAUCGACGCCGAGCAGAUGAAGCUACAGCGCGGCGAAGCUCACUUGCAUGUGGACCAGCAACAUCUGCAAGAGGCCGUGGAUCGGCUCGAGUCGCUGGCAGCGGAACGGACGGCCGAAUUUCAAGAUGCCCGUCGGCGCCUUGUUGACGACCGCGAGCGGGUUCGCCGUGAAAUUGCCGAGCUGGAGCGAAAACUCCGUGAAGCUCGACACAAGGAAGAGCGCCUGGAGAAGGACAUUGCCAAGGAAGAUGAGCGCAUUGCUGCGGCUGAACAGGACCUAGUGGCUGAGCGCUCACAGGUUGAGGCACAGCGCAGUCUGGUCAAUGAGCAGGCUGCUGAGCUGGACGCACGCCGGGCGGCCAUUCAAGAGGCGCAGCAGAGCUUGGAUGACAGCACAGCUUCUGCCCGCAAGCAAGUUGAAGACUUGGACGAGGCUGCCAACGAAGUGAAGAUGCAUAUCGUGCAAUCUCGCCUGGGUCUGCGACGCUUGGAAAAACGCACGGCGCGCUACCUUGAUUUGGAACAACAGUCCUUUGCUGGCAGUGACCGCCUGGAUGACAUCUUGCAAGCGUUUGAAGAGGCCAACGAGGCCAUUCAGAGCCUUGAUGCCCAGGUGGCCGCCAAAACGUCUGACAUCCAGGAGCUCUCCACCAACGUGCUACAACUGCAGCAGGAUGUGAGUCUUCAACGCAAGCAAGCCACAUCCAUUGCCGACCAGCUGCCUGAGUUGACCCAAGCCAAGAAGCUGGCUGUUGGCUCGCGCAAUUUCAAAGAAGCCAGUCGCCUCAACGCCGAGAUUACGUCACUCGCGGAACAGCAAUCUAGCUUGGAGGCCGUGAUUUCGGAGCGGGAAGAAGAGCUCAAGCGUUCGACGACUGAGCUUGAACAGGCCCAAACCGACGCGGACCAAUUGCGCAGCGAGCUUGAGCAGGCUCGCCGCGAUCGUUUUGACGGCAUCAUUGAGGAUCUCGCAGGGCUUUACGGGGAACUUUUUGGAGAGGCACGCCGCCGCCGCCGCCGCAAACAGCCUUCGGCUGCCCUCGUACAGGCCGAUGCAGACUUGUGCCACAGCUUGUUGGUGACAUUGUGCGGCGCGCAGGGAACCGACAUGCCCGCCUUGGCCGAGGACCCCGAAACCGACGAAGCGCCGUCCACGGAUGACGAAGAGAUGGAGGACAACGCCGAUCUAGGCGUCAUUGCUGCGUCGCUGAUUGAUUUUGGGGAUGACGGCCUGGAAGCAGGCUCUCCCGAAGCAGCCUCAUCGGGCAGUCCGGCAGGCGACACUGAGCAGGAGCAGCCACUGGUUGCAGCUAUUGCAGACGAUCUCCUUUCGCUCGAUCUCAACACCAGCGCAACUGCGGACGAGCAAGAUAACCUCGAUGCCCUGCUCGAUGACGGUGAGGAUGACCAAGCCGACCCGGAGAGCCCAACAGUUGAGACCGAAGACGCUAAAGACGCUGAAGACGCUGAAGACGCUAAAGACACUGAAGAUGCUAAAGAUGCUAAAGAUGCUGAAGAUGCUGCCAGCGCCCCUGAGGAGCCCAUGAACUUGGAUGCAUCCAUCGAAUCGGUGCGCGGAGACGAUGUUCCCAGUGAUGCUGGCGAGCAGGACGAACGCGACGCAGUUCUCGAGUCGGAGGAUGUGCAAGCUGAGAUUGAAGAUGAGGAGAUGGAAGCUUCCGACGCCAGCAGCCACUCUGAUGGCGCGGAAGAUCCUGCCUCUGAUGCGGAGGCACCGGUGGAUGGCGAAGACGUCGAUGACGUCUCGGUGUCGGAAGAAGCGGCCAACCAACAGGCCAAGGAAGAGCGCAAGGCGCAGUUGGCUGAGGAGAUCUGGGAGCUGGAGCAGGGCAUCGAGCGAGCUGUUGAAAAUGAGGAUUUUGAUUUAUGCGAGGAGAUGGACGACAAAGUCAAGGUUUUGUCGCAGGAACUUGUCGAUUUGGGUGUGGAAGACGUGGAGGAUUUUGUCAAGCAAAGCCGAGCUUAG